AUGGAGUGCCCCCACCUGGGCGGCAGCGUCUGCCUCGCGCCCGACUCGGCCAAGUUCCCGCAGGGCUCGCCCUCCUCGUGGUGCUGCAGCGUGUGCCGCUCUAACAAAAGUCCUUGGAUCUGCCUGACUUGCUCAAGUGUCCACUGUGGAAGGUAUGUAAAUGGCCACGCAAAGAAGCAUUAUGAAGAUGCUCAAGUUUCUUUAAUGAACCAUAAGAAAGCAGAAAAGCAAGAAAAGAUCCAGCACAUGGUGUGCAUGGAUUGUAGUAGUUACAGUACCUACUGUUAUCGCUGUGAUGACUUCGUAGUAAACGAUACCAAGCUAGGCCUGGUGCAGAAAGUCCGAGAGCAUCUACAGAACUUGGAAAACUCAGGUUUUACAGUAGACCGACAUAGGAAAAGAAAACAACUUGAAAGUGCCUCCGUAAACAGCAAAUUGUUAAAAGUAAACGGGAGCCCCACAAGCUUGUGUGCAACGGGUCUUCGGAACUUGGGGAACACGUGUUUCAUGAAUGCCAUCCUUCAGUCCCUCAGUAACAUUCCACAGUUCUGCUGCUACUUCAAAGAGCUGCCAGCGGUGGAACUUCGGAACGGAAAGACUGCAGGCCGGCGGACCUACCACACACGGAGCCAAGGCGAGGGCAGCGUUUCCUUGGUGGAGGAAUUCCGGAAGACCCUGUGUGCUUUGUGGCAGGGCAGUCAAACCGCCUUCAGCCCUGAAUCCUUGUUUUAUGUUGUUUGGAAAAUCAUGCCCAACUUCAGGGGCUACCAGCAGCAAGAUGCCCACGAGUUCAUGCGCUACCUCUUGGACCAUCUGCACCUGGAGCUGCAGGAAGGGGUCAACGGUGCUGCCCACCCCGUCUUCGCUCAGGAGGAUUCUGGCCUCACUGCCGGCAGCAGGUGCUGCGUUAACGGCACUUCUACCGUUGUCACAACUAUCUUUGGAGGCGUCCUUCAGAAUGAAGUCAACUGCUUGAUAUGUGGAACUGAAUCCAGAAAGUUUGAUCCAUUCCUAGACCUCUCACUAGAUAUUCCAAGUCAGUUCCGGAAUAAACGUAGCAAGAACCAAGAGAACGGACCAAUCUGCACGUUACGGGAUUGUCUCCGUAGCUUCACCGACCUGGAAGAACUUGAUGACUCGGAGCUCUACAUGUGUCACAAAUGUAAGAAGAAACAGAAGUCAACCAAGAAGUUCUGGAUGCAGAAGCUACCCAAAGUGCUGUGCCUGCACCUGAAACGCUUUCAUUGGACGGCCUACCUGAGGAACAAGGUGGACACCUUUGUCGAGUUCCCCCUGCACAGCCUGGACAUGAAGUGCUACUUGCUGGAGCCUGAAAACAGCGGCCCAGACAGUUGCCUCUAUGACCUUGCGGCAGUGGUUGUGCACCAUGGGUCAGGGGUCGGUUCUGGGCAUUACACGGCAUACGCGACUCACGAAGGGCGCUGGUUCCAUUUCAACGACAGCACGGUGACGCUGACGGACGAGGAGACAGUCUCGAAAGCCAAGGCCUACAUCCUCUUCUAUGUGGACCGCCAGGCUAAGUCUGGAUCCGAGAAACUUUAAUGCUUCUCUCUGCCCUGUGCAUAUCAAGUCCAAUGGACAAAACAUUUCCAGUUCUCCACAGAUACUUGAUCCGAGACUCUUGAUUUCAUUGUGCACUUUUCAAAUUUUUUUUGUGGGUUCUAGUUUUAUUACAUUGUCGGUAGUAGCAUUUGACUUAUUAAAAAAAUGGACACAA